AUGAUUCGGGACCGAUGCGCGGGCGCAUUCCUCCUUAUUCACUUGACCAUCCUGUUCUUCAUUGCGAUCGGAGGAGUUGCUGGAAAGAGCUCGAGCUCACAACCAGUAUGUCUGGCAAGGACCUGGCGCGACACCGAGGCGGACUUCAUCCGGUGGCCGGUAUGCGUGGAGAGUCGCUGGAGCAAGACGACUGCGAUCGUCCCAGGCUCUCCUGCGACUGUGUCGACAGUUUCCGACGCGGUCUCAACCCCCAGCGGCGGCACCGCCAGUUCUUCCGCCAGCCAGGAGCAAGAGCCCGAGCACGUACACGACCCGGAGCUGGAUACGGACUCGCCUCUCGACAACGUCCAGUUCCUCUCCUUUGAGGACUGGAAGAAGCAGAAUCUUGCCAAGGCCGGCCAGUCGGCGGAGAAUGUCGGGGGUAGCCGGCGCGGCGGAGUUGCUGGGGCCGAGGACCGGCACCGGCCGACGGGGAUCAGCAACGCGCUGGACUCGUUGGGCGAAGACGCGGAGAUCGAGCUUGACUUUGGCGGGUUUGGAGCCGAUGCGCCCGAGGCGACGCGGCCUCCGCCCUUUGGCGCCGCCGGGGUGCAGAAGGGGGAUCGUCUCGGGGCGAUUGGCAGCGGGGGCGGAGCAGAGGCGAGUGCCCCGUCGCCGGCGGUGCUGCGGGCGGGCACCAUGCGCCGGAAAGAUGCAGGGACGACAUGCAAGGAGCGGUUCAAUUAUGCGUCCUUCGACUGCGCUGCUACGGUGCUCAAGACGAAUCCCGAAUGUCAGGGGUCCUCGUCGGUGCUGAUCGAGAACAAGGAUAGCUACAUGUUGAACGAGUGCCGGGCCAGCAACAAGUUCUUGAUUCUUGAAUUGUGUGAUGAUAUCCUGGUGGACACGGUCGUCCUGGCCAACUACGAGUUCUUCAGCUCCAUCUUUCAUACGUUCCGCAUCAGCGUCUCGGACCGGUACCCGGCGAAGAUGGAUCAGUGGCGGGAACUCGGCGUGUAUGAGGCCCGGAACACGCGUGAAGUGCAGGCUUUCGCAGUGGAAAAUCCUUUGAUCUGGGCUCGGUAUCUGAAGAUUGAGUUCCUCACCCACUACGGAAACGAGUUCUACUGCCCUCUCAGUCUCAUUCGCGUCCAUGGGACGACUAUGCUUGAGGAGUAUAAACAUGACGGGGAAGCGGCUCGGGGAGAUGAUGAAAUGGUCGAGGAGUCCCUGGAACCUGGCCAGGUCACCGACGAUGUUGAAUCGGCGAAACCACUGGCAACACCAUCCAUUGACCCUGGUGUGGUGAAAGAGCCGGAGGUUCUGGCCCGGGGAAGUUGCCUGAACCCUGCAAAGGCGGUUGAAGCGCUCUUGACAAUGGGCCAUCCCGAUAAGGAGGUGUGCGGGCAGGAUGAAGUACCCGUCGACACUGCUGGCCAUAAUGGCGCAACUUUUGCUGCUGAAAAUGGCUCACUGCCGAGGGAUCCUAGACCAUCACACCCCGAUGUCCCUGCGGCUAAUGAGCCCAGUCUGAAUGCCAGCAUGCAAGAAACAGCGGAUGCCCGAAGAGCUGCUGGACAGCCAGGAACAGAUGCUGUCCCGUCUCCGUCUUCGACGACCUCCCUGUCCGAAACGGCCCAGCAGGAUGUCACGUUCGAGGCAGAUCAGCGAGCGACAGCCCCCCCGCAAGAGGAACAUACUCCGCCUUCGGAAUCUACGAAGACGACCGUGGCCCAGCCGCCGUCGCCUACCCCCCCGACACAGGAGUCGUUUUUCAAGUCCGUGAACAAGCGGCUGCAGAUGCUGGAGUCUAACUCGACACUGUCGCUGUUAUAUAUUGAAGAGCAGUCGCGCAUUCUGCGAGAUGCGUUCAGCAAGGUCGAGAAGCGCCAGCUAGCCAAGACAUCGACUUUCCUGGAGACUCUGAACGUGACCGUCCUCAACGAACUGAGGGAUUUUCGCGACCAGUACGACCAGGUCUGGAAGACGGUGGCUCUGGAGUUUGAGAACCAACGCAUCCAAUAUCACCAGGAGCUCUUUUCACUCAGUGCGCAGCUGGGCGUCUUGGCCGACGAGCUGGUGUUCCAGAAGCGAGUGGCUGUCAUCCAGAGUAUCAUGGUUCUCUUCUGCUUUGGUCUGGUCCUGUUUUCUCGGGGCGCGGUGAGCAGCUACAUCGAGCUUCCUAGUGUGCAGAACAUGGUCUCGCGAUCCUACAGUCUCCGAUCAUCGUCUCCGCCGUUUCGGUUCGGCUCUCCUUCCGCGAGCCCUGGGUCUACCCGGCCAGCGUCAUCGUACCACGGGGGCCAUCGGAGGAAUGCCUCGGAGGACUCCCAGGAUAGCCCGCCCAGUCCCCCUAUUGCCUACGCCCCGCCGACGCCUACGUCGGAAACGUCGAGUCCCUUGGAGUCGAUUGAAAAGCGAGAGCCGUCGCCUUCUCCGAAUACCUUGGAGAUGCCGGAAAUCGAGCCUCCCCAUCUCCGGUCGCAGAGUAGCCCGCCGGUUCUGAAAACGGAGGAAGAGGACGGAGAUGGGAAUUCGGCGUCUUCCGAAUCUAUGGGAUCGUGA